UUUUCUACUGGUUUUUAGUUGACAUCAAAUAAUAUUUUUCUUAACCUGAAACCUCCAAUAAUCACGCGCUCACGUCUAUAAAAUUUUUGAGCAUGAAGAUCACAGAUAGAGAAGAAAGAGAAUAAUUUUCUGAAAGAAAGAUAAGGAGAUUGUUCGUUCGAAUUGGUUAUUGUGGUGUAAAGAGAGCGAGAAAGGAAGUUUCUUUUCCUGGAAAAGGGAGUAAAAUGCAUGAGGCCGUUGCGUUUGGUUGUUGAAAUUUCUUCAUUUUUUUAAUUCAUUGGAUCGUCUUCGUUUCUUGGUCCCUCUCUUCUUCUUUAGGGCUUUUUUGUAUUAAUUCCCGUGGAGCUUCUGAUUCUGUGAGGCAAUUGGUUGGGAAAGAAAUAGAAUUUAAAAAUAUCGGCCUGUCAAAUCUGCUUCAGAUUCAAUUCUGGAUUCAGGUUUCUUCACUGCGGCUCAGUCUGAUUCACUUAAUUGCAACUUUUGUGCCUGAGACUCUUUCAAGGUUAAGGUUCAAUGAAGCGGCAAUGAGGAAUACAGUAGAAAUAUGGAUGUUAGAUCGGAGGGUAUGCAAGUGAAGUACGAUAAACUUCCGGCUCCUGUGAUACCGAGGACCCGUUUGCGGAUUUGGUUUAUUCGCGUUUGCUCAAGCAUUGUGCUUUGGACAUGUCUGGUUCAGCUAGUGACAGUUACUGAACUAUGGAAUUCACAUUUCAUUUCUGGGAUUACUAGUCGAGUACAUAACACAGCUCAAGUUCAGAUUCCUUCCCAAGUGGAAAAUGAGAUAGUUCAUUCUCCUCGCCCUCUUCUUCCCGCAAGAAAUUAUACAAGUAAUGGUUUUUUGAGAGUGUCCUGCAAUGGGGGUCUGAAUCAAAUGCGUGCGGCGAUCUGUGAUAUGGUCUCUGUUGCUCGAUUCUUGAAUCUCACGUUGGUUGUUCCAGAGCUUGAUAAGACGUCCUUUUGGGCAGACCCUAGUAAUUUUGGGGACAUAUUUGAUGUGAGGCAUUUCAUUGAUUCUCUAAGAGAUGAAGUUCGAAUAGUAAAAAGAGUGCCCAAAAAGUUUGUUAAAAAAUUUGGCAACACCACCCUGGAGAUGCCUCCUGUCAGCUGGUCAAAUGAAAAAUAUUACUUGGAACAGAUUCUGCCACUUCUUGGCAACCAUAAGGUGUUACACUUCAACAAAACAGAUGCUCGACUGGCAAACAAUGGUCUCCCACUUGAUCUACAGAAACUCAGGUGUCGUGUCAAUUUCCAGGCCCUUAAAUUCACUCCUCAAAUUGAGAGCUUGGGGCACAAAUUGAUUAGGAUGCUUCAAGAGAGAGGACCUUUUGUGGCCUUGCACCUGAGAUACGAGAUGGACAUGUUAGCUUUCUCAGGCUGUACUCAUGGUUGCACUGAAGAAGAAGCUGAAGAACUCAAGCGGAUGAGGUAUGCUUUCCCUUGGUGGAGGGAGAAGGAGAUAGUGUCCGAAGAGAGGAGAUUGCAGGGUCUCUGUCCUUUGACUCCAGAGGAGGCGGCACUAGUUUUAAAAGCUUUGGGUUUUGGCAAUGACACGCAGAUCUAUAUUGCAGCUGGUGAUAUUUUUGGCAGUGAACGUAGACUUGCACAACUGAGAGCUUCAUUUCCACGAAUCGUGAAAAAGGAAACUUUGCUAGAUCGUGAUGAAUUGCGGCAAUUCCAGAAUCAUUCAUCACAGAUGGCUGCUCUGGAUUUUAUGGUUUCAGUAGCUAGUAACACCUUUAUUCCUACCUAUUACGGUAACAUGGCAAAACUCGUGGAAGGUCAUCGCAGGUAUUCAGGUUUCAAAAAAACCAUCUUAUUGGAUCGGAAAAAGCUUGUAGAAUUGAUUGAUAUGCAUUAUAACGGCACACUUCCAUGGAACGAGUUUGUCGGGGCUGUCCUACAAGCUCAUGAAAAGAGAAUGGGACAACCAGUUCUUCGCCAAGUUAUUCCAGACAAGCCGAAGGAGGAAGACUACUUCUACGCAAACCCUCAGGAGUGUCUAUGUGAGGUAACAAAUUGUGAUGACUUGCUACGACCUCAUAACUCAAGUGAAGUGCCGUUGGUAAGGGCUAUGGAAUCUAGAAGACCACCGUUCUUCCCAAUCACCAAUAGGAGGAUUCAAAGAACUGAAGCAUUGAUUUGAAUGUUGCUUAGAUGCUGCGUUGAGGAAUCUGGAUCACUGUCAUCACAGCUAAGGUAUGAAUACACGAUUUUGUAGGAAAACAAGCAAAAUGGAAAAAAAGGAGCAAGGGAUAAAGAAAGAGAGGGAAAAAAAAUUGGAGCUUUUAUUAACGGCUUCAGAAAAAUUUUCAUUCUCAUUGAUUAAUUUUUUUUUUCCUUUCCCAAUUAACGUGUUCAUUAUAGUUAUCUCAGACUCACGUUGACAUUUGAAAGUUUAUCCUGGUUGCCAGCAGAAAUGAUAAAGUUGUUUUACAACAGGAACACAAGUGGAGUUCCUACAGUGUUGUCCUUGUACAAAGUACUGCUAGCUACCUACCCAAUUCUUUUUAUUUUUCCGAAGAAUCAAUAUAGCAAUAUUAUGAGAUAAAA